CACACGCGUUCUCUCUCUGAGACGCACUUGCGCAACAGAGAGGACACCCGCGGAAAGUCUGCUUGUCUAGUUUUCUCACCUCCUGUGAGAGCCACUGAGCGAAAGCAGGGGGGUCAUGGUGUGCGUGGGGGCGGGAGGGAAACCCAUGACUUCCGUAUUUUUCCUCUGUCUGAAAGUACGCUAAAGAGGACUAUAAAAACAGUCUUAGUUCCGAGAGCCGCCACACUCUCCAAAGACCAGGACCAAGCUGCGGUAAUCAACAAAACGGACUAACUCUGUGGAGCUAACUGACCCAUCAGCUCGAGGUCUUUCUUGUGCAACUUUUACAACCUGCAUUGGCACCUUUGAGCGUUUUAAGUCAGAAGAGAAUCUCAACAGCAGCAGAUCAUGGAACAACAAAGCAGCCAAGUGGACGUGGAGUCUCUCAAGAGCAGCAUCAGACGGCGUGGGAACUGCGUGGAUGCUUUUCUCGGCAUGUCCAUCCUGAUUCUGUUCGUGGCGGUGACAGCUCUGGCUGUGGGUGGGAUGCUGGUGGUGAAGGAGCUACGCUCUGAGCUCCAGGCACCCAAAUCUGAAUUUGCUCGUUUGGGGAUCACUGAUUCACCUUCUCCAACUUAUAAGAUGCAGAAUUUUGCCUUCUUGAAACCCAUAGCAAGUCAGCUAGACAACAUGACAAUGCCUUGGCGCUCUGUCAAGUUUUUUGGAAGUACAUCUGUCGGAAGCAACUUCCAGUAUGAGUCAAAAUCGCAUUCCCUGAAGCCAUUAAAGACGGGGAUCUAUUUCAUGUACAUCCAGGUCAAUGUCAGCUGCACCUACAAAUGCAAAGCAGGUGUCCUCAAGGUGGAGGUGUUCAACAAACUAACCUGCAAUGUGGAGCUUACAGCAGAUGUGGAGAAAACAACAGUGAGCAAAAAAUGCUGGACUGUAGAACAGCUGGAUAGCAAUGAACUGGUCACUCUCAUGACCGUGCCAGAAAACAAACUGGAGAACUGGGCACUGGACCUGAACAACUCAGGCCUUGGAAUAUUUCUCAUAGAGUGAUGUUCUGUGGCUGCAGUUGUCCAAUUGAUGACAGCAUCCUGACCCGUGGGGUUGUGACCCAUACAUGGGAGCACCAAUGAGUUCUGUGUUUAAGCUCAGGAAGGUGGCAAAGUGCUGGUACUGGUACCAGUUAAGAGUUGUGGUGGGGUUCCUUGCACUCAAGAUCAAAGAGCAGGUGAAAUCUCAAGAGAAACUUCACUCAUAACAUCAACUAAACCUGUAAAAACCUUUCAAUCAACCCAGUUUUUUUUUAUAUAUAUAUCUUUUUUUGCAGUGUAUUUAUUUUAUGUUUUAUUUAUGUACCUAUAUUUAUGACUGUAAGAAUUUAUUUUGUUGUAGAUACCACUACAUUUGUCUUCAUGUGCAAUACAUUUUUGAGUCAAUGUGACUUUAUAGCACGACUUUGGUUCAGUUUUGAACUCGGGAGUUGAACGUUGUUUCAAAAAGGUGCAAAUCAGCACUGAGAGCAGCGAUGAGUAACAAACCUUUAGGGAAACAAACUCCUGUAAUCAUGAUCAGAGUGAUUAUGGACGAGACACAUUCCAUGUGGAGACGUAUAAGCGAAGAGAGUUUUGCUUAUGAGAUAAAUGUAAGUCCUAUGGACAAACUAUUAAAUCCGUGAAUGUAUUUCAUUGUAAUCCAUAUUAAACAUGGAUGUCAUGUUCUUUUUUCUUUGUUGUAAAAAAAAAUAAAACUACAAAUAUGAAAGUGA